AUGGCAUCCUGGCUGCAGCUGCUGUCGCUGGGGCUGCUCCUGGGCGCCGCCGCCGCCCCCGCGCCGGCCUGGGAGCCGCCGUCCCCGGAGCUGCUGAAGCCGGCCCGCUUCGCCCUGAGGAUGUACAACCGCGGCCGGGCUCCGGGGAUGCGGGCCGCGCUGGGAGCCGUCCGCGGUCGCGUCCGCCGGGAGGGCCGGGGGUCGCUGUACUCCCUGGAAGCGACCCUGGAGGAGCCGCCCUGCAACGACCCCACGGUGUGCCAGCUGCCUCUGUCCAAGAAGACGCUGCUGUGCAGCUUUGAGAUCCUGAAUGAACUAGGCAAACACAUGCUGCUGAGACGGGACUGUGGCCCGGUGGAUACCAAGGUUGCAGGUGCUGGGGCAGCCCCAGGUGGUUGACAUAGCCCAGACCAGGCCUUCCUCAGGCCCAGCCUCCAUUCCUCUCUGUUCCACCCCCAUGCAGACACAAACGAGACCCUGAGUUCCGUCCUUCCACUACUGAACAGGGAUCCGCUGCCCCAGGACUUUUCGGUGAAGAUGGUCUCAAUCUUCAAGAAUUUUGUCACUACCUACAACCGAACUUACGAGUCGAAGGAGGAAACCAAGUGGCGCAUGUCAGUCUUUGCCAAUAACAUGAUUCGAGCACAGAAGAUCCAGGCCUUGGACCUUGGCACAGCUCAGUAUGGGGUUACCAAGUUCAGUGACCUGACAGAGGAGGAGUUCCGUACCAUCUACCUGAACCCCCUCCUGAGAGAGGGUCCUGGAAAGAGGAUGCGCCCAGCCAAAGCCCCCAAGGACCCCAUGCCACCUGAAUGGGACUGGAGGACAAAGGGAGCUGUCACCAAAGUCAAGAACCAGGGCAUGUGUGGGUCCUGCUGGGCCUUCUCAGUGACUGGCAACGUGGAAGGCCAGUGGUUCCUGAACCAGGGGGCCCUGCUCUCCCUCUCUGAACAGGAGCUCUUGGACUGUGACAAGGUGGACAAGGCCUGCAUGGGCGGCAUGCCCUCCAACGCCUAUGCAGCCAUAAAGACUCUGGGAGGGCUGGAGACCGAGGAAGACUACAGCUACCAGGGCCACAUGCAGGCCUGCAGCUUCUCUGCAGACAAGGCCAAGGUCUACAUCAACGACUCGGUGGAGCUGAGCCAGAACGAAGGCAAGCUGGCUGCCUGGCUGGCCAAGAAUGGCCCGAUCUCCGUUGCCAUCAAUGCUUUUGGGAUGCAGUUCUACCGCCAUGGGGUUGCCCACCCCCUCCGGCCCCUCUGCAGCCCCUGGCUCAUCGACCAUGCUGUGCUACUUGUGGGCUACGGCAACCGCUCUGACACCCCCUUCUGGGCCAUCAAGAACAGCUGGGGCACUGACUGGGGUGAGGAGGGUUACUACUACUUGUACCGCGGGUCCGGGGCCUGUGGUGUGAACACCAUGGCCAGCUCGGCAGUGGUGGACUGA